GAGCCACAAGCAUUGCCUUCAGCACCAAACAGGAUCCUUCGUGGAGAAAAAAAAUCAAUGGUAGCUUGACCAUUUCAACCUUGUUGAUUAUGAAUAGUACAUCCCUGACCCUGAGAAUAUUAUAACUUUGGCAAUCAAAGUUGAAGACAACUAUAUAUAACCACACAGGAAUUCAUAGAUAUUAUCAUCAACUUGCAUGUUUGCAACUAUUACUUUGCAGAGAAGACACCUUCAUUCCAUCAAAAAGAAUAACCAGAACCCCCAAUCAUCAGAUUCUUGCAACCUUUUCUAGCAAGUGAUAAUAAUCACAACUCCUAUUCCAUCAAAUUCUUGUAAAUUUUCCUAUCAAGGGGAAGAGUAUAGGCACUUUGAAACGUUGAAGUGCAACAGAAAAUGGCAGAAACUACCGUUUCCUUUCUGCUGGACAAGAUGAGUGCCUUACUUCAAGAAGAAGUGAAUCUGCAGAGAGGGGUCCAACAUGAAAUUCAGUACAUCAAAGAAGAACUGGAACGCCACAUGGCCAUCUUAAGGGUGGCUGAUGCUCUGGAAGGAAAAGAUCCUGAACUCAAAGUAUGGCUUCAACGUGUGAGAGAAAUUGCUGAAGCUAUGGAAGAUGCUAUAGAUGAAUUCAAUUAUCAAGACAACAAAUCAUCUUCUACUUUUUCGAAGAUCAAGAACAUGAAAGCUCGGCAUGAGAUUGCAUCAGAAAUACAACAGAUCAAAUCUAGACUUGAAUUCAUCUCCAAGGAACGUCCCAGCUUAUACAGGGUAGGCUCUAGGUUGAGUCCACGGUUGCCAUCAAAGAUUGACAGCCAAGGAGAUGCACUUCUGCUAGAGGAAGCUGAUUUAGUAGGAAUUGACAAACCCAAGAAGCAGCUGUGUGAUUUGCUUUUCAGUAAUGAAGCAGGUCGUUUUGUAAUUCCCAUUCAUGGGAUGGGAGGCUUGGGGAAAACUACAUUGGCAAAGCAAGUCUAUGAUGAUGCCAAAGUGAAGAAGCGCUUCAAGAUUCAUGCUUGGGUUAGUGUCUCUCAUCCUUUCCAAAUAGAAGAACUCCUCAAAGACCUUGUUCACCAGCUCCAUAAUGUCAUUGGCAAACCAGCUCCUGAAGAAGUUGGACAAAUGAGAAGUGACAAGUUGAAAGAGGUGAUCAAGAAUCUACUUCAGCAAAGCAGGUACCUCAUUGUGCUGGAUGAUGUCUGGCAUAUAAAUGUCUGGGAUUCAGUCAAACUUGCUUUGCCUAAUAACAACCGAGGAAGUAGAGUAAUGCUUACCACGCGCAACAAAAGCGUAGCAUUGUAUUCCUGCACUGAAUUGGGUAAGGACUUUCACCCUGAAUUCUUACCUGAACAAGAAGCCUGGUCUCUCUUCUGUAGGAAAACAUUUCAGGAUAACUCAUGCCCUCCUCAUCUGGAAGAAGUUUGUCAGAAAAUCUUAAAAAUGUGUGGGGGGUUGCCACUAGCCAUUGUAGCAAUCGGUGGUGCUUUGACCACAACAAACAAGGCAAACAUAGAAGAAUGGCAGAUAGUUUACAGAAGUUUUGGGUCUGAAAUUGAAGGCAAUGACAAACUGGAGAACAUGAACAAAGUGCUUUUGAUAAGCUUCAAUGAAUUACCUUACUAUCUCAAAUCUUGCUUGAUGUAUCUAAGCAUCUUCCCAGAAUUUCAUGCUAUUGAGCAUAUGAGAUUGAUUCGCUUAUGGAUAGCCGAAGGGUUUGUCAUUGAAGAAGGUGGAAAGACCCUGGAGGAAGUUGCGGAAAGCUACCUAAAGGAGCUCUUGGACAGAAGUCUGUUGCAAGUGGUAGAAAAAACCAGUGAUGGCAGGAUGAAGACUUGUCGAAUGCAUGAUGUUUUAAGGGAGAUCAUAAAUUUGAAGUCAAAGGAUCAGAACUUUGCAACAGUAGUCAAAGAACAAUCCAUAGUCUGGCCAGAGAGAGUUCGACGCUUAUCACUCAUCAACACCACACAUAACAUACAGCAAAAUAGGACAACAUUCCAACUUCGGUCUCUCCUAAUGUUUGCCUUAUCAGACUCACUUGAUCAUUUCUCUAUACAAGCAGUAUGUUCCACUGGUUAUAAGUUGCUUAGAGUGUUAGAUUUGCAGGAUGCACCUUUGGAGGUAUUUCCUGAUGGAAUUGUUACCCUUUUCCUUCUUAAGUAUCUAAGUUUAAGGAACACAAAGGUGAAAAGAAUUCCCAGUUCCAUUAAGAAGCUGAAACAACUGGAGACUUUGGAUCUUAAACAUUCCCAUGUCACUGAAUUGCCAGUUGAAAUUGUGGAGCUGCACAUGUUACGCCAUCUCCUGGUGUACCGCUAUGAAGUUGAAUCCUAUGCAUAUUUCCACUCAAGGCAUGGCUUCAAGUUGGCUGCCCCAAUAGGAAAGAUGCAAUCUUUGCAGAAGCUAUGUUUUAUAGAGGCAGACCAAGGAGGUAAAGCUUUGAUGGUUGAGCUAGGAAGACUUAUUCAGCUUAGGAGGCUCGGCAUUAGAAAGAUGAGGGAGGAAGACGGAGCUGCUUUAUGUUCUUCCAUUGAGAAGAUGAUCAACCUCCAAUCACUGUCAGUAACUGCAAUUGAAGAUGACAAGAUAAUUGAUAUUCACAACAUUUCCAGCCCGCCUCAGUUCCUUCAGCGCUUAUACUUGAGUGGUCGCUUAGAGAAGUUUCCACAAUGGAUUAGCACACUCAAGAAUUUGGCCAAACUGCAUCUAAAAUGGAGCCAGCUAAAGGAGGAUCCUCUGGUAUAUCUUCAAGGUUUGCCAAAUCUACGGCAUCUUGAGCUUCUUCAUGUGUAUGUUGGGGAGACAUUGCAUUUCAGGGCUAAGGGGUUCCCAAGUCUGAAGAUUCUAGGCCUUGAUGAUUUAGAUGGAUUGAAACACAUGAUAGUGGAGGAGGGAGCAAUGCCUGGUCUUAAGAAGCUCAUCAUGCAGCGCUGCAAGUCAUUCAAGCAGGCACCAAAAGGCAUUGAACACCUAAGUAAGUUAAAAACAAUAGAGUUUUUUGACAUGCCUGAAGAGUUGAUUACAGCACUACUUCCGAAUGGAGGCCAAGAUAAUUGGAGAGUUCAACAUGUCCCAGCUGUUUAUUCCUCAUACUGGAGGGAUCGUGAUUGGGAUGUGUACUCACUGGAGACUUUUGCAGAGAGAGCCUAUGACUGCAGUCAUGAUGCUGCUAUGAGCAGUCAUGAAAUUCGCACACUUUGGAAGGUUUAAAUAAGUUGGUUUUCUUUUUCUGUUUUCCAUCAGCUUGCAUAAUGACAGCAAAUGUCUUUACAAGUUUCAACCAAAUAAAUCAAGGAGCAUCCUUUUGCUUCUUGAGUUUAGAGACUGGUGAAUAAAAUGUUCAAUACUUUUGGUUUACAGACGGAUUUGGAUUUUGUAGCUGUGAAUAAAAUGGUCAUAGGGUUACUAUUAAACUGUUACUCUGAUGGUACUAUCCUUAUAAGAUAUCAUACUUUUGUACUUUUUCCAAAAUGUAUUUACCACUAACAGCAUUGACUAAUCUUCCUUGCAAUUCAAAGCUCACUGAUUCACUGAACCGAACCCAGCCACUUCCAUCAGUUCAUGGUUCAGCAGCCAUUUCAAAU